GCGGAGUACGUGGUUCUGAACUGGAACAGUCGGUGCAUCGAUGCGGGAAUGGAAGUCAAAUUGUCCCAUAAGACGCACAUGGCUCUGGCACGUUUGAGUUGCGUGCUCAGCAGUGCCCCAGGGGAUGAAAGAACGAUUGUCGAUGAUUAUGUGCACACACCGGAGGUUAUUGAGGACUACGUGACGCAGUACAGUGGUAUUCAUCCCGGGGAUCUGGACCCGCUUAAAUCCACAAAGUGCUUGACGAGCCGCAAAGCAACGUACUUGAAGCUGCGUGCAUUGGUGGAUCGUGGUGUGAUAUUUGUGGGUCACGGUUUGUACCAGGACUUUCGUGUGUGCAACAUUGCGGUCCCUCCAGAACAAAUCAUUGAUACUCUCAUGAUGUUUCACAAGCCUGGCGGCCGGUAUCUUUCGCUCCGCUUUCUUGCCUACCAUGUUCUGGGGGAGCGUGUGCAAGAAGACGAGCACGACUCUGUUGAGGAUGCGCGCACCUCAUUGCGCCUGUACCGCAAGUACCAGCAGCUGAUGAGUGAAGGGACAUUUGACGCCGUCCUGGACAAACUGCUGGCAACCGGAGCAGAGACAAGUUGGUACGUUCCAGAGGGCCGUGAUGCCUUUGGCGCGUCUCCUGCUCUCUUUGCUGGCAUACCGGGCUCGCUACUCUUUCCAGAGUCUCCCUCAACGCUGGUACCGACAGAGGCCGUUAAGGACGAUGAAUUCCCCUCCGCAUCGUAA